AUGUACGUCAGCACAAGUCGAAGUGUGGUGACCGCGGUAGCUGGUAUUGGGUCGGGUGGGUCCUGGGCUGCUCGGAGUCUGUUUCCCCGGGUAGUCGCGAGGGUAGGCCUGAAGAGAGGUGAGCACAGGCGUCUUCGUAUCAUGUGCAUCGUACCGCGUACGGCGGCGCUCGGCGGGGUUGCAAAAACACACACGUGCGUGGAGCGGGAGGAUCCAAAACUGAGAGGAAGCAGCACCCCCGUCCAUCAAGCCGUCCAGCAAAAGAUGAAGAUCCCCUUUGCCUCCGGCCACAGAGACGAAGGCUUCGUCUCUCUCCGACUUUGCAACGGCCGAAAUGUCAAAACCGAGCACCGCUGGGGACCUGACCAGCAAAGAUCUCCCCAUAUGCCGCAUAGAUAA